UGCCGGCGAUGUCAACAGCCUGGCCACUUUGCCAGGGAGUGCAGAGGAGAGCGUGUCCCUCCUCAACCUUCAGUGUCUGCUUUCAGCCGACCAGGCUCUCGGCGGGAUCCAGCUCAGCAUUCGGGAAACUAGCGCCCGUCGAACUGCGGAGUCAAAGUUCGAGGGGAGUUGCCACUGGCUCACCUGUCUUGUGGGGGGAUCGGAGAGAAGCGAAGCUAAUCAGCACUUGUCCACACCUGGAUGUGGUUAUGGGGGGAGUAACAGUUCCUUGUUUAGUGGACACUGGGUCCAUGGUGUCCACGGUCAGAGAAAGCUUUUUCCGGCAACACUUUGAAACUUGGGACCAAGAGAAACUUAAAUCUUGCCAUUGGCUUCAGCUUCAAGCCGCCAAUGGAUUGCCCAUCCCAUACCUUGGUUACUUGGAACUCGAAGUCGAGCUCUGUGGUAGGAUUUUGCCAGGGUGCGGGUUAUUGGUGGUCAAGGACCCUCCAGCUGAUGCAUCUCUUCCUGCCCCUGGUGUCUUGGGGAUGAACAUUUUACGAAGGUGCUACAGCACCUUGUUUGGGCAACAUGGCUCUGCCCUGUUUAAGCUAGCCACUGUCACUGAAGCACCAAAGUCAGUGGUGCAGGCAUUGCAGAGAUGCCAUCAAGCCUCUCUGACUUCUUCUUUUGAUGCUAUUGGCAAGGUUAAGCUGCGAGGCAAGAAAGCUUUCCGUAUCUUUGGUGGCACCAUGCAGCUCGUUCCAGCCACCUGUUCUGCACAGCAUUCUGGGACAACUGUGCUCUUUGAGCCCUCAGAUCGGGGUCUCCCCGCUGGACUGCUUGCAUCUCCAGCACUGGUUCGAGUUGAGGGAGGUACUGUGUAUAUACCUGUUGUGAAUGUGGGAACAUGUGAUGUGCUGCUUUACCCUCGUACAGAGGUCGGUGCAUUGCGUGAAGUUUGUGUGGUGAGCUUACCUUCUGGUAUUAAGGAGGUUCCAUCUUAUCUGGCCACCAUUGCAUCCCAGGCUGUGGUAUCUUCACUGCAAGACCAAAUAGAUGUGGUUGAUCUAUCUGCUUUGUCAGCGGAAGAACAGAAGGAAGCCAGACAUCUUCUUUGGAAAUAUGCUUCUGUCUUUUCCACUCACGAUGGCGACCUGGGGUGCACCAACCUGAUAGCACAUGAAAUCCCGCUUCUUGACGACACUCCCAUCCGUCAACGCUAUCGACGUAUUCCGCCAUCAGAAUACGAAGUGGUCAAGGAGCACAUUAAUCAGUUGCUUGGUGCACAAGUUAUCAGGGAAAGUUGUAGUCCGUUUGCUUCACCAAUCGUGCUGGUUAAAAAGAAGGAUGGUAGUCUGCGCUUGUGCGUAGACUAUCGGCAGCUUAACCACCGGACCCGAAAAGAUGCAUUUCCUCUCCCUCGGAUCGAGGAGUCGUUGGAUGCACUCACAGGAGCCCAAUGGUUUUCCACUCUGGAUUUAGCCAGUGGCUACAAUCAGGUCCCGGUGGCAGAGGCUGACCGACCAAAGACAGCGUUUUGCACUCCUUUCGGACUCUUUGAAUGGAAUCGCAUGCCCUUCGGGUUGUGUAAUGCGCCCAGCACUUUCCAGCGACUUAUGCAGCGUGUUUUUGGAGAUCAGCAUUGUCAGUCGCUGCUCUUGUACCUGGAUGACAUUGUUGUUUUCUCAUCCUCCUUUCAACAACAUCUUGAGAGACUGGAAGUGGUAUUGCAGCGCUUACAACACGAGGGCCUGAAGGCCAAGUUGUCAAAGUGCUCCUUUUUCCAACAGGAGGUGCGUUACUUGGGCCACAUCAUCUCAGCCGAAGGUGUUUGCACCGACCCGAGCAAGCUUGAGGUGGUAGCAAACUGGCAGCCUCCCACCACCAUCUUGGCGCUGCGGUCCUUUCUCGGGUUCGCAAGCUACUAUCGUCGCUUUGUGGAAGGCUUUGCCAAGUUGGCUGCCCCUCUUCAUCGCCUUGUAGCUGAACUUGUGGGGUCCAAGUCCAGACGGUCUGCACCAGUUGUGGAAAAAUGGACAGGAGAACAUCAGCGGAGUUUUGAGGCCCUAAAAUCUAAGCUCACAACCGCACCUGUGCUGGCAUACGCUGACUUCUCCCUUCCUUUUAUCUUGGAGGUCGACGCAAGCCAUGGGGGCCUUGGUGCAGUGCUCUCCCAAGAGCGAGAAGGAAAAGUGCGGCCCAUAGCCUUUGCCAGUCGUAGCUUAAGGCCGACUGAACGCAAUCCUGUCAAUUAUAGCUCCAUGAAGCUGGAGUUUCUGGCAUUAAAAUGGGCUAUGACUGAUAAAUUUCGUGAAUACUUGCUUGGCCACAAAUGUCUUGUUUUUACAGACAAUAACCCGCUUAGCCAUCUUAAAUCAGCGAAGCUUGGAGCCCUGGAGCAGCGUUGGGCAGCCCAACUCGCGUCAUUUAACUUCGAGAUCCGUUACCGCUCUGGCAAGAGUAACACAAAUGCAGAUGCUCUGUCUCGCUUGCAUCCUCAGAACCAGGACCUUGAGAUCCUUGUCUCCGGUACAUCACUUCCUCAGCCCUUGCAACAGGUUCUCCAGGCCAGUGGGCCUACAGCCUGUCAGGCUGCUGUUCAGGCUUUGCCUCAGCAUCUGCCUGCAGACAUUGGAGAACUCCAACAAGCUGAUCCGGUGACCCAGGAAGUUCUUGUGUUUUGGCGGCAGAAACGAUACCCGAAUUAUGGCGAUCGGAAGCAGUUAUCUCCACCAGCUUUGGUGCUUCUUAAGCAGUGGGAGCGAUUGGUUGUACGGGCCGGAGUGGUGUACCGGCAAGUCUCUCGCUCUGACGGGGGAGAACUGGUUCUCCAGGUGCUUUUGCCAGCUGCUCUGAGGGACAAAGUCCUCACGGAGGUCCACCAAAAUCACGGACACCAGGGGGUGGGCAGGACUUUGGAAUUGCUCCGGCAGCGGUGCUAUUGGCCGGGGAUGUCUUCUGAUGUGAAGCGCUGGUGUCAAACCUGCGAGCGGUGUCAAGUGGCUAAAGACUCUGGGCCACCUGUUCGUAGCUUCAUGGGACAUCUGCUUGCUUCAGAGCCUAAUGAAAUCCUGGCAAUGGAUUUCACCAUGCUUGAACCAACCCAUAACGGGCUGGAGAACGUCCUUGUGCUGACCGAUGUUUUCAGCAAAUAUACACUUGCCAUUCCCACUCGUGACCAGCGUGCCUCUACUGUGGCACAAGUUCUCGUCGCGGAGUGGUUUUCGAAGUUUGGUGUUCCAGCACGCAUUCAUUCCGAUCAGGGUCGCAAUUUCGAAAGCGCACUCAUUCGACAGCUGUGCGGUCUUUACAACAUCGAAAAAUCUCGCACCACACCGUACCAUCCGGCAGGUAAUGGUCAGUGUGAGCGUUUUAAUCGCACUCUUCAUGACUUGCUGCGUACUUUGCCUCCCUCUAGAAAGCGUGACUGGCACUCCUGUCUACCUCAGAUACUGUACGCCUAUAACACCACACCGCAUCAAUCUACUGGGGAAUCUCCGUUUUUCCUCAUGUUUGGUCGUGAGGCAAGGCUCCCUGUUGACUUCUUGCUGGGAAGAGUGCAGGAUCCUGUUGAUGGGACGGUGAAUGACUGGGUCCGAGAGCAUCAGACCCGGUUACAUGUGGCUUUUGAUGGCGUCCGAGACCGGCUGAGGGAGGCCGCCCAGCGCCGGAAAGAAAACCAUGACCAAUCUGUCCGGUCAGAACCACUGGUGGUGGGCCAGUCAGUGAUUCUAAAGGAGUUUGGUUGGAAGGGUCGUCAUAAGAUCCAGGACAGGUGGAAUCCGGUGGUGCAUCGAGUGAUUAGAGCUCCCCCCGGCAAUGGUGCGGUGUAUACAGUUGCACCAGAGGACGACCCUGCCAAAAUCAAACGGGUACAUCGAACACUGCUUAAAGCCAUAGUUGGGAGGGCUGCUUUAGGCGACAACCCCGCUCCUCUUCCUAUCCCACUUGGCUGUCCGGCAGUGUCUGAGAGCUCAUCUGACGAUGAAGACUUGAUGGCUGUGGUAAGGGAUCCCCUUCUCCCACCAGCUGAACACUCUGCUGGAGGAGCCCAACCGGCUCCUGCACCAGCGACACUCGUAGCUUCGACAGUCCCAUUGCACCCCGUUCUUUUGACUUCUUCAGUCGCUCCCUUGGCUGUCCCUCAUUCAGGGAAUGAUGAAGUUGUCCGGCGACGGACCACCCGACCUACCGCUGGACACCACUCAAACCUUCAUCACUUACCCAGGCCUGCCAAUGAGGUUGCUCAGGCGGGGCCUUCAGCCGUUCAAUCAAGUGCUGUGUCUGCUUUCUUUAGACCAUGGUCUCAUCUGCCGGCGAUGUCAACAGCCUGGCCACUUUGCCAGGGAGUGCAGAGGAGAGCGUGUCCCUCCUCAACCUUCAGUGUCUGCUUUCAGCCGACCAGGCUCUCGGCGGGAUCCAGCUCAGCAUUCGGGAAACUAGCGCCCGUCGAACUGCGGAGUCAAAGUUCGAGGGGAGUUGCCACUGGCUCACCUGUCUUGUGGGGGGAUCGGAGAGAAGCGAAGCUAAUCAGCACUUGUCCACACCUGGAUGUGGUUAUGGGGGGAGUAACAGUUCCUUGUUUAGUGGACACUGGGUCCAUGGUGUCCACGGUCAGAGAAAGCUUUUUCCGGCAACACUUUGAAACUUGGGACCAAGAGAAACUUAAAUCUUGCCAUUGGCUUCAGCUUCAAGCCGCCAAUGGAUUGCCCAUCCCAUACCUUGGUUACUUGGAACUCGAAGUCGAGCUCUGUGGUAGGAUUUUGCCAGGGUGCGGGUUAUUGGUGGUCAAGGACCCUCCAGCUGAUGCAUCUCUUCCUGCCCCUGGUGUCUUGGGGAUGAACAUUUUACGAAGGUGCUACAGCACCUUGUUUGGGCAACAUGGCUCUGCCCUGUUUAAGCUAGCCACUGUCACUGAAGCACCAAAGUCAGUGGUGCAGGCAUUGCAGAGAUGCCAUCAAGCCUCUCUGACUUCUUCUUUUGAUGCUAUUGGCAAGGUUAAGCUGCGAGGCAAGAAAGCUUUCCGUAUCUUUGGUGGCACCAUGCAGCUCGUUCCAGCCACCUGUUCUGCACAGCAUUCUGGGACAACUGUGCUCUUUGAGCCCUCAGAUCGGGGUCUCCCCGCUGGACUGCUUGCAUCUCCAGCACUGGUUCGAGUUGAGGGAGGUACUGUGUAUAUACCUGUUGUGAAUGUGGGAACAUGUGAUGUGCUGCUUUACCCUCGUACAGAGGUCGGUGCAUUGCGUGAAGUUUGUGUGGUGAGCUUACCUUCUGGUAUUAAGGAGGUUCCAUCUUAUCUGGCCACCAUUGCAUCCCAGGCUGUGGUAUCUUCACUGCAAGACCAAAUAGAUGUGGUUGAUCUAUCUGCUUUGUCAGCGGAAGAACAGAAGGAAGCCAGACAUCUUCUUUGGAAAUAUGCUUCUGUCUUUUCCACUCACGAUGGCGACCUGGGGUGCACCAACCUGAUAGCACAUGAAAUCCCGCUUCUUGACGACACUCCCAUCCGUCAACGCUAUCGACGUAUUCCGCCAUCAGAAUACGAAGUGGUCAAGGAGCACAUUAAUCAGUUGCUUGGUGCACAAGUUAUCAGGGAAAGUUGUAGUCCGUUUGCUUCACCAAUCGUGCUGGUUAAAAAGAAGGAUGGUAGUCUGCGCUUGUGCGUAGACUAUCGGCAGCUUAACCACCGGACCCGAAAAGAUGCAUUUCCUCUCCCUCGGAUCGAGGAGUCGUUGGAUGCACUCACAGGAGCCCAAUGGUUUUCCACUCUGGAUUUAGCCAGUGGCUACAAUCAGGUCCCGGUGGCAGAGGCUGACCGACCAAAGACAGCGUUUUGCACUCCUUUCGGACUCUUUGAAUGGAAUCGCAUGCCCUUCGGGUUGUGUAAUGCGCCCAGCACUUUCCAGCGACUUAUGCAGCGUGUUUUUGGAGAUCAGCAGUGUCAGUCGCUGCUCUUGUACCUGGAUGACAUUGUUGUUUUCUCAUCCUCCUUUCAACAACAUCUUGAGAGACUGGAAGUGGUAUUGCAGCGCUUACAACACGAGGGCCUGAAGGCCAAGUUGUCAAAGUGCUCCUUUUUCCAACAGGAGGUGCGUUACUUGGGCCACAUCAUCUCAGCCGAAGGUGUUUGCACCGACCCGAGCAAGCUUGAGGUGGUAGCAAACUGGCAGCCUCCCACCACCAUCUUGGCGCUGCGGUCCUUUCUCGGGUUCGCAAGCUACUAUCGUCGCUUUGUGGAAGGCUUUGCCAAGUUGGCUGCCCCUCUUCAUCGCCUUGUAGCUGAACUUGUGGGGUCCAAGUCCAGACGGUCUGCACCAGUUGUGGAAAAAUGGACAGGAGAACAUCAGCGGAGUUUUGAGGCCCUAAAAUCUAAGCUCACAACCGCACCUGUGCUGGCAUACGCUGACUUCUCCCUUCCUUUUAUCUUGGAGGUCGACGCAAGCCAUGGGGGCCUUGGUGCAGUGCUCUCCCAAGAGCGAGAAGGAAAAGUGCGGCCCAUAGCCUUUGCCAGUCGUAGCUUAAGGCCGACUGAACGCAAUCCUGUCAAUUAUAGCUCCAUGAAGCUGGAGUUUCUGGCAUUAAAAUGGGCUAUGACUGAUAAAUUUCGUGAAUACUUGCUUGGCCACAAAUGUCUUGUUUUUACAGACAAUAACCCGCUUAGCCAUCUUAAAUCAGCGAAGCUUGGAGCCCUGGAGCAGCGUUGGGCAGCCCAACUCGGUCGCAAUUUCGAAAGCGCACUCAUUCGACAGCUGUGCGGUCUUUACAACAUCGAAAAAUCUCGCACCACACCGUACCAUCCGGCAGGUAAUGGUCAGUGUGAGCGUUUUAAUCGCACUCUUCAUGACUUGCUGCGUACUUUGCCUCCCUCUAGAAAGCGUGACUGGCACUCCUGUCUACCUCAGAUACUGUACGCCUAUAACACCACACCGCAUCAAUCUACUGGGGAAUCUCCGUUUUUCCUCAUGUUUGGUCGUGAGGCAAGGCUCCCUGUUGACUUCUUGCUGGGAAGAGUGCAGGAUCCUGUUGAUGGGACGGUGAAUGACUGGGUCCGAGAGCAUCAGACCCGGUUACAUGUGGCUUUUGAUGGCGUCCGAGACCGGCUGAGGGAGGCCGCCCAGCGCCGGAAAGAAAACCAUGACCAAUCUGUCCGGUCAGAACCACUGGUGGUGGGCCAGUCAGUGAUUCUAAAGGAGUUUGGUUGGAAGGGUCGUCAUAAGAUCCAGGACAGGUGGAAUCCGGUGGUGCAUCGAGUGAUUAGAGCUCCCCCCGGCAAUGGUGCGGUGUAUACAGUUGCACCAGAGGACGACCCUGCCAAAAUCAAACGGGUACAUCGAACACUGCUUAAAGCCAUAGUUGGGAGGGCUGCUUUAGGCGACAACCCCGCUCCUCUUCCUAUCCCACUUGGCUGUCCGGCAGUGUCUGAGAGCUCAUCUGACGAUGAAGACUUGAUGGCUGUGGUAAGGGAUCCCCUUCUCCCACCAGCUGAACACUCUGCUGGAGGAGCCCAACCGGCUCCUGCACCAGCGACACUCGUAGCUUCGACAGUCCCAUUGCACCCCGUUCUUUUGACUUCUUCAGUCGCUCCCUUGGCUGUCCCUCAUUCAGGGAAUGAUGAAGUUGUCCGGCGACGGACCACCCGACCUACCGCUGGACACCACUCAAACCUUCAUCACUUACCCAGGCCUGCCAAUGAGGUUGCUCAGGCGGGGCCUUCAGCCGUUCAAUCAAGUGCUGUGUCUGCUUUCUUUAGACCAUGGUCUUAGAGUUGAGAUCUUGUGCAUCGUCGGGUCGACGAUGAAAAUGGGGAGGGUGGAUUGUAGUGGUAUGAGGCACCACUGAUUUAGUUUGUUUGACUGCACCCCGGCCCUCUGACUUAUUAGCCAAUCACUGCGCUUACCGAGGGGAGAAAAGUAGGCUGUGUCCCUCCUCCUGAUCUCUCACUUCCGGGUCGUUGUAUGUGCCGCUAGCAUCCGAGCACAGGUAAGCACAUAUGGCCGUGCUGUGUUGUGUAUAUUCGUCCGUGUUUCAUUCAAUUAAAACCGUCGUUCCCUAAUAGAUCCGGCGUCUUCACCGCGGUCGAGCUGAUCAGUCGGGGCGGUGUUUAUUGCCGCAACCAGAGCAUUGGUGAGUGAUGACAUGCUUCUGUUGUUUGCUGCUAUAGCCAGGGGCUAAGCUCCUCUUUCGCUCCUCUCCCUCUAACAGUCUGCUGGUUGUGUGCUGCAUGGUGGCUGUUUUCCCUGCCACGCCUGAAUUCUUCACCCCUCUCCCUCUUUGGACGGGAUGCCAAUGCACCCGGACUUAUAACUGGAACUUUAAAGCUAACGCUAGCGCUAACGCUAAGGCUAACGUCAACGCCAAGUGUACAAACAGCUGAUUAACCACGGCUAUUUGGCCGCUGUUUCGCCGCUGUUUCGCCGCUGCUUCGCCGCUGUUUCGCCGCUGUUCUGCCACUGUCCUGUUGCUUGGUGACUGUUGCUCCGACGGCCUGGUUCCGAUCCGGUCGGCCGCCUGUGGUCAGCCUGUUUACCGCUGCUACGUAUGAUUGCAUUGUGCGUGUGUGUGUGUGUGGCUGUAACUCGUACUGGAUGCGACGAGUCUGCCCGAACUCUCAGCCACUCGCUAAGAUUGUGAACUGUGUGUGUGUGUGUGUGUGUGUGAGAGAGAGAGUGUUUUAAGUACAAUCUGGCAAGGUUUGGUUUAAUUGUUUACUGAUUUACUCUUUGUUUAAUGGUUGAAUUUAUGUUGUUAAUAUGAUCAAUCUGAUUUCAAACUGUUAAACUGGUUAAUUGUUGAGUUGAUAUCUCUGGCCAGAGACUCUUUUGUUUCUUGUGUUUGGUUGAUUUAUUAAUAUAAUUUAACAUUUCUCAGUUUAUCCAUUGAUCAUUUAUAUUUGGUUCCUUAAAUUUGAGCCUGUUUAAUUGUGUUUUCCUCUCC